AUGUGCUCAAAUGGUGAAGCCACAACCUCAGAGCCCUGCACCCCCAGACACCCAGGGUCCAUUGAUACAAUAAAUGCUCCUGCAACACCUGAGCCCUGCACCCCGAGGCGCCAAGGGUCCAUUCUCGGUUGGUAAACAGUUCAAUGUCAAUUCAUUGUCAUGUUCACUUGUUUAGCCCUAAUCACAACAUUUAGCUGUCUUCAACAGGGGUGGGCAAUCUCAUCCACAGAGGGCUUUUGUCAUGGCAGGGUUAUGUUCGUAAACAUUAUCCAAGGAGUCAGUGUGGAUGUAAUAAUUUAUAUAUAAACUGUCACACUGAUUCAAUUAAUCAUAUUCUGACCCAAUACCUUUAUUAUUUGCAUCAUUGGUGUAUCUGGUUGGUAGAUCUGGUUGGCCCACACUGGCCUUUUCUGGAUAAAAUGUAAUACAUUUGAGACAAUACAUGGUUGGAACAAAACUACGCUCACACAGUCUGUACCUUAUCAUUCCUUCCUGUACAUCUCAUUACUUCUGCCUAAUACAUUUUCCCAGGGAAGAGAAAACACACUGUCAGCACAACCAGCGAAUACCUGAACCUCAUACCUGGAGACACUUGAGGCCCAGUGUCAGCAGCAGGAUCCGCACUUCAAUCAGCAGUGUGAAGAUGAGGCAGCAGCCGGUGCAGCAGACAGGG